CUUGUUUUAUGUCAUUCCACAUUCUGUCAACUGCCCGGUAGGAGCCAACUUUAAAGGGUAGAAGUAAAAUUAUCUAUUGAAUUGAGUCGAUAAAAACGAUAUGAUGUAUGAAGUUGAAGGAGAACACGAUAGUGACUACGAGGAAGGCGAUAGUGAAAUAUUUAGCCCCUCUUUCAAACCGUCUUAUGUAGUAGUGGCGAUUGAUACGCACUCAUGCAUGUUUAAAAAGGGCGAAAAUGGAAAAAUGCCGUUUCGUAUGUGUCUUGAAGCCUUGGCAGAAGUGAUGGAAACCUUAAUUUUCAAAAAAGACACCCGAUCUUGGAGUCCCUUUGCUGUUGUCUUAGCGGGUGCCGAUACGCCUUUAAUCAGUUUUAGUCAAAGUGUAUUGGAUACUAUUAAGUUACUGCAAGAAAAAUGUAAACAGACAGAUGCUGAACUGAUCACACAGUACCAAAGAAAAACUGUUUUAAAUCUUUCAUCAUUUUUUCUUACUUGCAAGAAAGUAUUCCACGAAAUAAAGUCUGUUUUUUAUAAAAGAUCCCUGAUUUAUUUGAGCAAUGACGAUAAACCUGUAACUGACAAAACUGCUAGGUUUACAGCCUUCAAUGAAAUUAAAACUUUUGCAGCCAGUCAAAUUGAAUUUCAAGUUAUUCCUACAAUACAAGAUUUUAAGUACAAUUUUUUUUAUAAUGAAUUAUUCAGUAUUAUUGGUAAUCCAAAACGAGAAGAAAUCUGUACUGAUACAGAGGGUUUAACAGAAAAAUUGUCUUCUUUAAUAAUGGUGGCUAUCAAUGAAUAUCAAGUACUUUUCUAUCCUUUUCGAGAUGAUCCUGAACGAUUUUUGAAAUGUAAACGAUUCUCUUUUACUACAAAUAUACAGCUGUACAAUUCAUUCAUGACAAAAGAUGGAAAAAAAGUAAUUAAUACAAAUGCUCCUAGUAAUGAACCAGUAUACUUUAAAAUCAGAUCUAGCGAUCCAGACCUAGAUCAUAUGAGGUUCGAUUCUCUGGAGAAGGAGAGUUUGAGGGAUACUGUAACUCCCAAGGGUCUUACUCUAGCCUAUGUUGGAGAUAGACAAAUUGGUUUGGGUCAUAUGUUCUUUUCUUCUCACUUGAUUAAAGUGGAUCCAACAGAGACCUUGCCAUUCUUUAAUAAAUUCUGGGAUCACUGUGUACAUUCAAACAAAGUUUUGGUUUGUCUUUCAAAAAAUAAUCAGCCUGAUAGACCUAGAUAUGUUGAGCUUAUUCCUAUCAUAGCUAAUGGACAGCAGAUGUUCUUAGAAAAACGGCUACCGUUUGGAAAUGAAAUAGUAUUGCCUUUCAAAGCAAAGUUUCCUGAAGAAGAAGUAGACGACAAGAGAAAACUUGCCAUAAAAAAGUUAGUCGACCAACUAACAUUUGAUUUUAAUCCCAAAAUGUUACCGGACAUCUCGUUGCAAAAGAAAAAGGCCUAUGUCAAAGCAAAACUAUUAGGAAAAUUUCCAGAACCAGUUAAUGAUGUCCAAGUAGAUAACACCGUAUUGGAUGGCGUCCUUGAGGAUAUAGUAACAGAAAUACAGCAAAAGUUUAACUUUGCCGACAGUUCAUUAAAAAGGAAAGCCCCACCAACCUACUACAGGAAAAACAAGAAAGGGAAAUAAUCAACAAAAAUGUGUGUUUUUAAAUAUUUUUAUACUGAAUUUUGUUUAGUUUCUACGUUAAUAUUAAAAUUUGAAUAAAAGAUUCUUUUGCAGUG